GGUGCGGAGCUCUCCCGCCAUGGCGGCGGCGGCAGAGGCCCAACAGCUGCUGCCGCCGCCUCCGCUGCCCGGCGGGGCCGGCACCGAGCGAGCCCUGGAGGAAGCGGCGGCCUCCGGGACCCUCAUCCUGGCCGGGCGCCGCCUGCGCUCCUUCCCCGCGGCUGCGGCUCGGCGCUGGGACCUCAGCGACACCACACAGGCCGACCUGUCCCGCAACCGCUUCGGGGAGGUGCCGGAGGCCGCCUGUCACCUGGUGGCGCUGGAGGGGCUGAGCCUGCACCACAACUGCCUGCGCAGCGUCCCCCCGGCCAUCGCCAAUCUCCAGGCACUCGCCCACCUCGACCUCAGCCGGAACCAGCUGAGCUCGCUGCCCCCCUGCCUCUGCCUCCUGCCCCUGCGCGUCCUCAACGCCAGCAACAACCGCUUGGCCCAGCUCCCGGACAACAUCGGCACCAUGGGGGCCCUGAGGCAGUUGGACGUGAGCUCCAAUGCGCUGCGGGCGCUGCCGCGGGGGCUGGGGCAGCUGCGGGCGCUGCGGGACCUGAACCUGCGCCGCAACCUCCUCACGGCGCUGCCCAUGGAGCUGUCGGAGCUGCCCCUUGUGCGCCUCGACUUUUCCUGCAACCGGGUGGUGGUGAUUCCCCAGUGCUACCGGCGCCUGCGGCACCUCCAGAGCAUCCUCACCGAGCACAACCCCCUGCAGAGCCCCCCCGCGCAGAUCUGCCUGAAGGGCAAAGUCCACAUCUUCAAGUACUUGGAGGCCGAGGCUGCUGCCACCCGGGCGCCCCCCCCCGCAGGCCCCACAGAGGAGCUGAGCCCCCCCCGGCAGGGCCAUGGCCUGGACUCUGGCUUCCACAGCGUCGACAGUGGCAGCAAGCGCUGGUCUGGCAAUGAGUCCACAGAUGAGUUUGCAGAGCGGCUGCUCUGGGGCAAGCGCUGCGGUGAGUGGGGGCAGCACCCCCAUUACCCCAAUAGGGCCCCCCCAUUACCCCAGUGGGACCCCCGCCUCACCCCUUUCCUCCUCCCAGGCAGUGACAGUGAUGCUGAGGAGGAUGAAGAGGACCCCCCCCCGGAGGUUCCAACCAAAGCCCCCCGCCCCCCCUGUGUUCUCCUACGCUCCCCCACCCAUGCAGCGGUCUCCAGACCGGCCCCUCUGGACACCAGCGAGGGGGAGCUGAUGGCUGAGAUGAAACAGAGCAUUGAGUCGCUGCUGCAGCUGCACCUGGGCAAUGAGGAACUGCUCUCCCGCCUGACCCAGUGCCUGCGGCCCCCCCCUGCUCCCAAACUGAGCCCCACAAGAAGCCACCGGACCCGGGAUCCCCAGCAGGCACAGCCGCUGCCCCCCGGGCUCCUCGCUGGCUUCGCCCUUUUCUACGGCGUGGUCAUGGCACUGCUUUAUGCUGGGUAUCGAGCGCUGUUUGGGUGCUGAGGGGGG